GGAGUUCAGGGAAAACGAAACUGACCUGUUGUCGAUCCGAGCACAGUGUGUAUUUCCCUUUUUCUUGUUUAGAUACAGUAAAAUGGCAGACGCCAAUGUUCCUUUGGCUCAGGAUCAGUUCAGCUGUUCAAUCUGUCUGGAUCUACUGAAGAAUCCAGUGACCAUCAACUGUGGACACAGUUACUGCAUGAACUGUAUUACAGGCUACUGGGAUCAGAAAAGAGUCUACAGCUGCCCUCAAUGCAGACAGACCUUCACUACAAGACCUGUUUUAGGUAAAAACACCAUGCUGGAUGAAGUGGUGGAGAAACUGAAGAUGACUAAACUACAAGAUGCUUGUCCUGAUCACUGUUAUGCUGAAGCUGGAGAUGUGGAGUGUGACGUCUGUACUGAGAGAAAACACAAAGCUGUCAAGUCCUGUCUGGUGUGUCUGAACUCUUACUGUCAAAAUCAUCUUGAACAACAUGAGAAUUUAUUCAAAGGGAAGAAGCACAACCUGAUAGAUGCCACUGGACGACUUCAGGAGAUGAUCUGCCCUCAACAUAAGAAACUGUUAGAGUUUUACUGUCGUACUGAUGAGCUCUGUAUAUGUUACCUGUGUAUGGCAGGCAUGCACAAAAAUCACAAUACUAUAACAGCCGAAGAAGAGAGGACAGAGAAACAGAAACAACUUAAGAAAACACAGGGAAAAUUCCAGGAGAGAAUCCAGGAAAGACAGCAGGAGCUUCAGGAGCUGAGAGAUGCUGUAAAGGCUCAUAAGCGCUCUGCACAGACAGCAGUGGACGACACUGAGAGGAUCUUUACUCAACUGAUCACAUCCAUUGAGAGAAGACGAUCUGAGGUGACACAGCUGAUCAGAGAUCAGGAAAAGACUGCAGUGAGUGAAGCUGAAGGACUCUUGAAGCGACUGGAGCAGGAGAUUGAAAAUCUGAGGAGGAGAGACGCUGAGCUGGAGCAGCUUUCACACACAGAUGAUCACAUUAAUUUCAUCCAGAGUUUCCAGUCUCUCUCUGUUCCUCCUGGAUCUUCAUACUCACUCAACAUCACUGUCAGUUCUUUCCUCUCUUUUGAUGAUGUAGUAAAAUCUGUGUGUCAUUUGAGAAAAAAACUGGAGGAUUUCUGCAAAGAAGAGAUAGAAAAGAUAUCUGAUAGGGUGAAACACACAGAGAUUUUUUCCAGCUGUGAACCCAAGACCAGGGAAGAAUUCCUCCAAUAUUUCCAUCAACUGACAGCAGAUUCAAACACAGUGUAUGCAUCUCUCUGUCUGUCUGAGGGAAACAGCGUGAUUACUUACAUUGACACAGUCCAGCCAUAUCCUGAUCAUCUGGACAGAUUUGCCUGUUAUCCUCAGGUGUUGUGUAGUGAGAGUGUGAGUGGACGCUGUUACUGGAAGGUUGAGUGGAGUGGUGUGGUAUAUAUAUCAGUGUCAUAUAAGAGCAUCAACAGGAAGGAAUGGAGUAAUAAGAGUAUGUUUGGACGUAAUGAUCAGUCUUGGUGUUUGUGCUGCUCUGACUCUAUUUGUUCAUUCAUGCACAAUAACAAUAAAACUGAACUCCCAGUAGUGUUCAGAUCUUCUAGAAUAGGAGUUUAUGUGGAUCACAGUGCAGGAUCUCUGUCCUUCUACAGCGUCUCUGACACAAUGAUUCUCAUCCAUAGAGUCCAAACCACAUUCACUCAACCUCUCUAUCCUGGGUUUUAUGUUAGUAGAUCUGCGUUAACCAGAAGCGGUAGAGUAAAACUGUGUAAUGUAACAAAAUAACUAACAAAGAUAUUCUACAAAUCAUAUAGUGUUGUUUCAGAGAUUCUCGAUAAUAAAACCUCAGCUUAUCUAAAGCAAAUGACAGUCUUAUAAGCAACCUAAGUGCAUUUCUCAAGGGCCAAACGACGGCAAUUUAUUGACACCUACAGUAUUUGCUAGGUUUAAACCUGCCAUUUUCAGUUCCAAACACAUAGCUUUUUAACCAAUGCUACACUAGCCCUUAAUUAAAUAACAUGUCAGAUAUUACCAAAACAUUUCUUCAGAUGAAUCUAAUAAUAAAUGGAAUAUGGGACUGAAAUUAGAAUGUAAGAAUUGUCUAUGACAUCAGCAAAACAAAUCAUCUGUGGGUAUUUAGGUGCAUAAUUGUUAUUUGUUUGUAUGACUGUGUGUUUUAUGUGAAAAUAUUUGCGUUUGCUUGUAAAAAAAAAAAUUAUUUUUAUGUAUGCAAUUUGAUGUAGAUUUUACAGUUUUUUAUAUCUAAAAUAACUCAAAAGUGAAACUUUCUUUAUAUCUAUGAAUGAUAAAAGAGUUUUAUUGUUUCUUGUUUUAUUAUAUGUAGUCACAACAUAAAACUUUUUGAUGUAACCGUUGUCAAAAUCUCUAUUUACCUCGCCAUCAUGUGCCACCACCACCUGGUCUUCCACCAUCCCUUAUGUGCCACCUGCAUCUCUCCCUCAUCAGCUCUGUGUAGAUGUAAUAAUAAACAAUUGUCAAUUGUUUAAAAUCAUCAAUAUUAAUAAACUGUGUCAAUUCAAAUAACUAUCGUCUGUGUAACAUGACAACUGUAUUAAACAAUAUUAAUAGAAAUAAUAUUUUCAGCUGACAUUGACUCUCUUCUCUACAUUACAUUACAUUAUUACAUUGCUUGCUAGUACGGUUUAAUCUUAGCCACAGUACUCUGCAACUUUUGUUGUCCACCGAUUUUUCUUCUGCUUUUAGUAAUGUAAAGCUGCUUUGAAACAAUUAAACAAUUGUGAAAAGUGUUUUAUAAAUAAAACUGACUUGAUAUCACAGGU